AUUCUUUUCUCUACUCUGUAUUUCUUUCUCUUUCUCCAUUAUCCCUUCUCUCCAUCUUCUCAUUUUCCUUCUCUUAUCUUUCUUCUUUCUCCUGUUUUUUUCUAUCUUAUCAUCGCUUCUCCAGAUGUUACCGUUCCAUUGACACAACAAUCGGAGGUGGAUCUGACGAAAUCAAUGGCGGAUCUAACGAAGUCAAUGGCAGAUCCCCAAGUAACAAUCUGUGGAUUCAACGGAAGAUCGAAUGAGAUUGAUACUGGAUAUGAAGUGAUGAUGCCGAUUCGAUCAAUGGCGGAUCUACACGACGGAUUGAUAUUGGUUUGGCAAUUCCAUCGCAUGCCCUCUUUGGAUUUCAUCAAUUUAGCAUGUUGUUUUUGUUUUUGUUGUGCACUACUACAGAUUUAGCAUUUGACAGAGCCCUUAUGCCAGAGGAUAACUUAAAAUUGGUGUGUAAAGUGCAUCAGCAAUACCACGCCUCAAUUCCUAAAUUAAAUGAGGAGAUCUACGGUCCAUUCUUUUCCGCCCGAACAUCUCUCAGCUCCCCCCGCGGACUCCAUCAGAUCGGCGAACUCAACCACCAAAAUCUCGCCGCUGAUUACCUGAUUCUCACUGCAAGAUUGUCGCCGAGUCUCCCUCCUCUACUUUGUUCCGCACAAAUCUCUAGGUCAGAGUGGUCACGUCGACAGAAAUCCAACCCAAAACCUAGUAUUUCUAGCUGUAGAAUCUAAAGUGAACUUAGGAACCCUUGCUAGCGACUCUGCUUGAACAGAAACCAAGGUACUAAAUUUUUCUUUCUAUCAUUUUAAUAUUUUUACACACUGGAAACUCGAUAUUGAGAGCUGACUUUGAAGAACUGUCUUUCUUUGGUUCAAGAUAUUAUUUAGGUCAUUAUGUUAUGGAAAUUUUGAAGAUGCUUUGGUUGGGAAGCUGCUUGGAUGGAGUCUACUGGAUUGUUGUUUUGUUUUAAAUUGUUAUGUAUUGUGUUAAUUUGGUUUAUAGGAUGCUUUAGCAGCAUCAUAUUUUUUUAUUGUACAGGUUUUGGGAUCGACCCCUUUUUCAUUAUAUGAAAAGAACUUUUAUUUCGAUUAACGUAUAAACUUUGUAUAUUCUUAUGGAUAUGGGGCUGCCUCACUACGGAAAUGGGCCUGCUGUGGAGUACACGUUCUGCUUGGUGUGGGGAGUCCUGUGCAAUCAUCUACGACGAAAGUUUAUUUGCCUAGUCCUUCCCCCUAGAACGGGUCCAGGUGUUUGCCUUUGGAUCCUUCUUAGCCCCUAUAAUGAAUUCCUCAUCUAAUUUGCUCUUCAUGGCCAUCUCCUUUGGACGAGUCCAAGUGUAGUGAGAAUUUGAUUGAUGGUAGGUGAACCACAUCUAAUUUGUAUUAUGUUUUAUUAAGCUUCCGCAACAUUAAAUUACUCCGUUACUAUUUUGAAUGGCUUAUUAUGAAAUAAAGUUUUAAAUGUUUG